GGCAGGGCAGGGCAGGGCAGGGCGGGCGGCAGCGGCCGAACCCGCAGCCCUCCCCCGGCCGUCCCGGCCCGGCCAUCCCGCCCGGCCCGGCCCCCGGGGAGCGCGGGGCAGCGCCCGGGGGCGGCGGCGGCAUCACCAUGGGCCGGGCGGGCAGGGUGCUGCGGCUGCUGGCGCUGCUGGAGCUGCCCUGCUGCCUGCUGGAGCUGCUGCUCGGGGAGGCGGCCCGCGGGCAGGAGAUGUACGCGCCCCACUCCAUCCGGCUGGAGGGGGACAUCACCCUGGGCGGCCUCUUCCCGGUGCACGCCAAGGGCCCCCCGGGCUCCCCCUGCGGGGACAUCAAGAAGGAGAACGGCAUCCACAGGCUGGAGGCGAUGCUCUACGCCCUGGACCAGAUCAACAGCGACCCGGAGCUGCUGCCCAACGUCACGCUGGGUGCCCGCAUCCUGGACACCUGCUCCCGGGACACCUACGCGCUGGAGCAGUCCCUCACCUUCGUCCAGGCGCUCAUCCAGAAGGACACCUCCGACGUGAGGUGCACCAACGGCGAGCCGCCCGUCUUCGUCAAGCCGGAGAAAGUAGUUGGAGUGAUCGGGGCGUCGGGAAGUUCCGUGUCCAUUAUGGUGGCCAACAUCCUCCGGCUGUUCCAGAUCCCACAAAUCAGUUAUGCCUCAACUGCACCAGAGUUGAGCGAUGACAGGCGCUAUGAUUUCUUCUCACGGGUGGUUCCUCCAGAUUCCUUCCAAGCACAAGCAAUGGUGGACAUUGUGAAAGCUUUGGGAUGGAAUUAUGUAUCCACUUUGGCAUCUGAAGGGAAUUAUGGAGAAAAAGGAGUCGAGUCCUUCAUGCAAAUUUCCAGAGAGGCAGGUGGGCUCUGCAUUGCCCAGUCCCUGAAGAUCCCCCAGGACCGCAAGGACAAGAGCAUCGACUUCGAUAAAAUCAUCCGGCAGCUCCUGGAGACGCCCAACGCCAGGGCCAUCGUCAUCUUCGCCAACGACGAGGACAUCAGGCAGAUCCUGGCGGCCGCCAAGAGGGCGGAUCAGGUGGGACAUUUCCUGUGGGUGGGCUCGGACACCUGGGGCUCCAAGGUGAGCCCGCUGCUGCAGCAGGAGGACGUGGCCGAGGGAGCCAUCACCAUCCUGCCCAAGAGAGCCACCAUCGAGGGCUUUGACACCUAUUUCACCUCUCGAACCCUGGAGAACAACAGGAGGAACGUGUGGUUUGCAGAGUACUGGGAGGAGAACUUCAACUGCAAGCUGACCAUCACUGGCUCCAAGAAGGAGGACACAGACCGAAAAUGCACAGGGCAGGAGCGCAUUGGGAAGGACUCUCACUACGAGCAGGAGGGGAAGGUGCAGUUUGUGAUCGAUGCUGUGUACGCCAUGGCCCACGCCCUGCACCACAUGAACCGGGACCUGUGCUCCGACAGCGCCGGGCUGUGCCCCGAGAUGGAGCACGCGGGGGGCAAGAGGCUGCUCAAGUACAUCCGCAGUGUCAACUUCAACGGCAGUGCUGGCACUCCAGUGAUGUUCAACAAGAACGGGGACGCCCCGGGGCGCUACGACAUCUUCCAGUACCACAGCAGCAACACCAGCACGCCCGGCUACCGGCUCGUGGGCCAGUGGACAGACGAUCUGCAGCUCAACAUCGAGGAGAUGCAGUGGGGCGGCGGGGUGCGUUCCGUGCCCCCCUCGGUGUGCAGCCAGCCGUGCCGGCCGGGCGAGAGGAAGAAGAUGGUGAAGGGGAUGCCGUGCUGCUGGCACUGCGAGCUGUGUGACGGGUACCAGUACCAGGCCGACGAGGUCACCUGCCUGCUCUGCUCCUACAACGAGCGGCCCAACGAGAACCGCACCGGCUGCCGCUCCAUCCCCAUCAUCAAGCUGGAGUGGCACUCGCCCUGGGCCGUCAUCCCCGUCUUCCUGGCCAUGCUGGGGAUCAUCGCCACCAUCUUCGUCAUGGCCACCUUCAUCCGCUACAACGACACGCCCAUCGUGCGGGCCUCGGGCCGCGAGCUCAGCUACGUGCUGCUGACCGGCAUCUUCCUGUGCUACAUCAUCACCUUCCUGAUGAUCGCCAAGCCCGACGUGGCCGUCUGCUCCUUCCGCAGGAUCUUCCUGGGGCUGGGCAUGUGCAUCAGCUACGCCGCCCUGCUGACCAAGACCAACCGCAUCUACCGCAUCUUCGAGCAGGGCAAGAAGUCGGUGACUGCGCCCAGGCUGAUCAGCCCCACCUCGCAGCUGGCCAUCACCUCCAGCCUCAUCUCCGUCCAGCUGCUCGGGGUCUUCAUUUGGUUCGCAGUCGACCCGCCCAACAUCAUCAUAGAUUAUGAUGAGCAGAAAACUAUGAACCCCGAUCAGGCCAGAGGAGUUCUCAAAUGUGACAUUACGGAUCUACAAAUCAUUUGUUCCUUGGGUUAUAGCAUUCUGCUCAUGGUGACGUGCACUGUGUAUGCCAUCAAGACUCGGGGGGUCCCAGAGAAUUUUAAUGAAGCCAAACCCAUUGGAUUCACUAUGUACACUACCUGUAUAGUAUGGCUUGCCUUCAUUCCAAUAUUUUUUGGCACUGCCCAGUCAGCUGAAAAGCUCUACAUCCAAACCACCACGCUCACCAUCUCCAUGAACCUGAGCGCGUCGGUGGCGCUGGGGAUGCUCUACAUGCCCAAGGUUUACAUCAUCAUCUUCCACCCCGAGCUCAACGUGCAGAAGCGCAAGCGCAGCUUCAAGGCCGUGGUGACGGCGGCCACCAUGUCCUCGCGCCUGUCCCACAAGCCCAGCGACCGCCCCAACGGCGAGGCCAAGACCGAGCUCUGCGAGAACGUGGAUCCCAACAACUCUAUACCACCAGUAAGAAAGAGUGUUCAAAAGUCUGUUACUUGGUACACUCUUCCACCUACUGUAUAGCUUUUGCCUGCUUUCCAAAAAGGCCCUGCUGCCAAGAAGAAAUACGUGAGCUACAACAACCUGGUGAUCUA